AUGCCCCUCGACGACGAUGACAAUCCCACCGUGGCCCCCGCCGCACAGCCCAAUGACGACUCCGGCGCUGGCGAUGAGGCCGAAGACGAGGGCCUCUUCGAUAUGCGUCUAUUCGCCUCAAUGUUCAACAAGAAGGGCGUUGCAACUCAGGCCGUGAGAAAGGGUCAAAAGGAUUUCGAGUCGCACGGCACAAAGGCUCAAGAGAACCAGCUCGAGAUGAGCAGGCAGGUCAUCGAGGAGGUGCUGGGAUACACGCGCGUGCACCGCGACGCAUGGAGUAAGGGAUGGUACUUCCCUGACUACUGGCCCGAGGCGCUGGAAGGGAUCAUGGAGAAAGGGGAUACCUCUGGGCUAGCAAAGCCGGAGUACCUGCAAGAGUUCCUCGCAGAAACGAGACCGAUUAAUGCCGAGGAGAGAGUUGUUGUUCUGGAAGACCUGAAGGGACCGCAGGCGAAGAGCAUGGGCCGUGUGGUUAGGGGCUUGAAGGCGCCGCGGCCUGCGGUCGGGAAGCUGUGGCUAUUGCCCGAGGAGGCGCUAUUUCUUGUCGAGAGGGGGAGCUUGGAUCUGUGGUGGCCGUUUCGUGAGCUGAAAGAGAUUUUGCCGCCCCCGGAGAUCAAGACUGCUGAAAAGGGAGAUGAGGAGGAGGAGGAGGAGGAGGAUGACGAGUUUGAUGCGGGCGUGCCGCUCAGCUUACAGGCCGCAUACUCCCUGUUCAUCGGCCUGGAUGGAGAAAGAGGCAAGAUUUCUCUGCCCAAGUACCAGGUAUACUCUCACCUGAAGCGGCAGGGCUACCACGUCCAGCGCGCGCCUCGAGAUUCUAUCGAGCCAGUGGCCCAACCGGAGCCACCGAGGAAAACGCUCUGGCAAUGGCUCGUUUCUCUGCUAGACCGCCCGACCCAACCAGCACCUUACGGCCCCCUGGUCCGACCAGGCAUCUACAGGCAAUACACCCAUGUCUACAAACAGCUCGAGCUUAUUUCCCGCUAUAAACCAACAGCGCCCCCAACAUUACCAGAGCCGGAAGACCCAUUCAAGGUAUUCUGGCACGUCUGGAAGCCUUCCAAGCAUCCCAAUAUCCGCGUAACGGAUCUGCCACCGCCAGAUAUCCGCAUCGCCGUGGCUGACGCGCGGGACACUGCCGUGCCUUCUUUCGAAGAGGUCUCGGCGCUCCUCGGCGCUUCGCCGUACGAACCCCCUGACCCGGUCACGAUGGGCGGCCCCGGGCGGCUUUACCAACGGCUGAGGCACGGAUACCGCAACGUGCUGAUCGCGGUUGUCGACCGCGGUCUGGUCAACUUUAUAAGGUUCGGCCAGGCGGCUUUCGGGGAGGAAUUGCUAUAUGAGCGGUUUGAUAGGGGCGCAUUCCGCGGCGGAAAGGGUGGACGAGGCGGACGCGGUGGUGGGCGGGGACGCGGGCGGGGCCGAGGUCGGGGACGGGGACGAUAA